AUGAAUCUAUCUAUCUAUCUAUCUAUCUAUCUAUCUAUCUAUCUAUCUCAGCCUAUUAAUAUGUAUCUAUCUCAGCCUGUUCAGAUGUAUCUAUCCCAACCUGUUCAUAUCUAUCUAUCUAUCUAUCUAUCUAUCUAUCUAUCUAUCUAUCUAAAACCUAUUCAACAACAAGGGGCCUGUUCAUAUCUAUCUAUCUAUCUAUCUAUCUAUCUAUCUAUCUAUCUAUCUAUCUGUCUUAUUCUGUUCAUAUCUAUCUAUCUAUCUAUCUAUCUAUCUAUCUAUCUAUCUAUCUAUCUAUCUAUCUAUCUUAUUCUGUUCAUAUCUAUCUAUCUAUCUAUCUAUCUAUCUAUUUGUCUGUCUGUCUGUCUAUCGGUCUUAUUCUGUUCAUAUCUAUCUAUCUAUCUAUCUAUCUAUCUAUCUAUCUAUCUAUCUUCUGUCUGUCUGUCUGUCUUAUUCUGUUCAUAUCUAUCUAUCUAUCUAUCUAUCUAUCUAUCUAUGUCAGUAGAACAGGCCAAUACGUCGGAUAUGUCACGUGCUUCACAUCUCUCUCUCCUUCCCUCUCUUUCUCCCCUCCUCUCCCUCUCUCCCUCUCUAUCCCCUCCUUCUCUCUCCCUCCCUCUCUAUGUAUAUAUUAGAAAAAUAUUUUAA